AUGGGAGAUUUGGCCAACCUGUUUACGGAGCAAAAGGAAUUGAUAGAUGAAUUGGAUAAAAUGAGGGUGGAAUUUAAGAUACCUGGACAGGAAACAGUACUGGCAGCAGUAAUGGCUCAACCGACUUUGCUUGAAGAUAUCAAGUCACAUCAAAUGGAGGAUGAUGUUAUAAAGAAGGGGUAUCUUGCGGAUCCGUCUCAUGUUAUUGAUUAUCACCAUAUUGAACUAGAUGAUAAGUUAACUUAUGAGGAAAAGCCAAUCCGCAUUUUGGAUCGGCAAGUGAAACAAUUACGCAACCGAGAAAUCCCAAUGGUAAAAGUGGAAUGGCAGGAACAUUACGGAACCGGCGCAACUUGGGAAAAAGAGGAGGAAAUGCAACAUCAGUAUCCGCAUUUGUUCCUACCCUAA